UUGACGCUGUGUGUACGUACGCACGUGGACGCGGCGAGUUUCUAAGUUUUAACCUUGUUUAGGGAAGAAAAAAUGGCUCGUAAAAGAAAGGGUCGGUGCACGAGGCGAAACAAGCAGUUAAACGCGGUGGAAAAGGAAGAGCUUGUUCGAGCGUCUCAUUCGUUCGUGUUCAAUCGUGGAUUAUCGGGAGAUCACAUUCUUGAGCUCACAAAGGAUUUUCGAAAAGUCAUGGAACCGUUUACAGCCUCGUCUCUGAAGGCCCGUAAGAAAAAUACCAUCAAGGAUUUCGUUUCGGUCGCGAGCGUGCUUCACGUCACGCACAUGUCUAUAUUUACAAAAACCGAAUUGGGAAUGUACCUCAAACUUUGCAGAUUGCCCAAAGGACCUACCCUUACGUUCAAGAUAAAUAACUUCUGUUUGGCGAGAGAUGUGAUAUCUAUGUUGAAGAAGCAAUUGGUCUAUCACGAAGCCUUCAAGAAUUCUCCACUGGUGGUUUUGAACAACUUCAGCGGAGAGGGAAUGCAGUUGAAGCUCAUGUCUUCAAUGUUUCAGAAUCUAUUUCCAACAAUAAAUUUAACCACCGUCAACUUGAGCACAAUUCGUCGUUGUGUGUGUUUGAAUUACAACACGGAAUCGAAAACCGUUGACUUCAGACAUUACGCGAUCAAGGUUGUGCCCGUGGGUUUGUCGAAAGGAAUCAAGAAAUUGGUGCAAGCGAAAGUGCCCAAUUUGUCCAAGUGCGAGGAUUUUUCCGAGUUUCUGUCCAAACCGACCGUGUCAGAAAGCGAAGCGGAAGACGACGAAACCAGUCACGUCACAUUGUCGCAAAACUUGUCGUCGAGAGGAAAUCACGUUAAUUCGAAAAGCGCGAUUAGACUGUACGAAUUGGGACCGAGAUUGACUUUGCAGUUGAUAAAAGUAGAAAGCGAGCUUCUUCAGGGUGAAGUGCUUUUCCACGAGCUUGUACAGAAAACAGAAGAAGAGAUACUGAUUAUAAGGAAGAGAAGGGAAGAAAGGAGAAGAUUGAAAGAGAAAAGGCGGAAGAUACAAGAAGCAAACAGAACGAGAAAGGAAGAAAUGAGACAGCAACACAAGGAGAAGUCGCUCAAGGGAAUUCUGAAGAAAAAAGAGAGCGACGUGCUCUUGCGAAAAUUCGCUAAGGAAUCGGAAACUGAAAAUAACGAAGCGGACGAGGACGAUGAUGCUCAAUAUUAUCGAGAGGAAGUGGGAGAAGAACCUGAUAAAGACUUGUUCCAACUAAACGUCAGUAGGAAGAGGCCACAAAACUACACAACGAAAUAUAAACAAAAAAAGAUGAAACGUGCCUAAUCUUAAUAAUUUAAUCAAUAAUAUAAUUGCAAGUAC